GAUCUAUAGAUAUUAGUCAUGACUGUACAGUUAGGGGCCUUCUAUCUUUUCCCUCUUUUCAUGGCUGGCUUCGUGCAGACAAAUUCCAAUCUGGAGAAGAUGGAUUGCUACAAAGACGUGACAGGCACCAUCUAUGACUAUGACGCUUUCACUCUUAAUGGAAACGAACACAUUCAGUUCAAGCAGUACGCGGGCAAGCAUGUCCUUUUUGUCAAUGUGGCUACCUAUUGUGGUCUGACAGCCCAGUAUCCUGAACUGAAUACACUUCAGGAGGAGCUGAAGCCUUUUGGCCUAGUUGUGUUGGGCUUUCCCUGCAACCAAUUUGGGAAGCAAGAACCAGGAGAAAACUCAGAGAUCCUUCUGGGAUUGAAGUAUGUCCGUCCAGGGGGAGGAUAUGUACCUAAUUUCCAGCUUUUUGAGAAAGGGGACGUGAAUGGUGAAAAAGAACAGAAAGUCUUCACCUUCUUGAAGCAUUCCUGUCCUCACCCUUCUGAGCUUAUUGGCUCAAUCGGAUAUAUAUCUUGGGAACCCAUCAGGGUCCACGACAUCCGCUGGAAUUUUGAAAAGUUCCUGGUAGGGCCUGAUGGAGUCCCUGUCAUGCGCUGGGUCCAUGAGACUCCCAUCAGUACAGUCAAGUCCGAUAUUCUGGCAUACCUGAAACAGUUCAAAACUGAAUGAGAAGACUGGGUAGGGGACAGAAGCCAUCCUGCUUCUUUCCUGAAGACCUGCUAAAAAAGAAAUCCACUUUUCACUAUACUCUCUUCUUAAAUGGCCUCCACUUGACUAAUCACCUCCAUGGUGCCAAAAAUAUUCAGAAGCCUAUUGCUCUUUCCCCUUGCAAGAAUAUGUGGGUGAAGAAAAAAAAUGGAAUCCCUAAACCCUCAGCCCUCUAUUACAAAUUUAAUAAUAUAUAUCUAUCAAAGGAAAAUCACCUUCCCAUAAUAAUGGUUCAAUUUUCCACAAUCUCCUAAAAAAGAACAUUCCUGGACAUUAUGACUCCUCCUUCUCUUUCUAUCCUAAAGGUGUAGAAAUAGCCAUUCAACAUAGAUUUUCCUUCAUAACAUCUGUCCUCCCCUAGGACAAACAUGUAAUGUCAAUUUCCAAAUCUUUUUGGAUCAGUCUUUAUCUGUGACACCCCACCCACACCUGCCCCUUCUGAUCUGUUAUUCUCCUGUAGGAGCCCUAGGUAGACUGGGAGCAGGAAAUUGUGUCACUUGAAGGGAAGAGCAUCAUACUGAGAGUGGGCCCAGAGUCUCUGUCUAAUGUGGACCCUACAAAAACUGUCCUAUGUCUGAUCUUCAGUGCAUUCAGGUUAUGACACUUGGGCAGAACACCUUUGAAGAAUAGGCUUUCCCCUCUCAACCCUAUAUUUCUCAGCUUCAGAACUAUCUCCAAUAAAAUGUCACUAUCUCCAAUAAAAUGUUUUCUGCAGC